CACCUCACGCGUCUCCUUAGAGAGCGUGCAUACGCGCGCCAUCUCACUUUCUCACGCGCUCUCUUUCUACUCUCACAGUUUCACUUUCACACAAUGCGACGCACUCCUCCGACUAUCCAUUUCCUUGCCGCCACCGACACCGCCUUCUCCACCGCCACAAUGUCUUCACGCCCCUAUCACCGAGGUCACCGUAGAGGAUACUCCGGCCGCUCAAACUCCGGCGGGAGAGGCCAUUUUGUUACCGGAGACGAUCACAUACAGUCAGUUCGUGACGCCAAUUCAGCACUCCGGCGAGGUGAGAGUGAAAAUUUUGCGAAUCAAACGCAGUUCCAUCAGAAUCCACCUUACGAUCUGAGUCGUCAUCCUCCUCCGGCGUUUUACUUUCAGAAUCCACCUUACAAUCCUCGUCCUCAUCCACCGCCUCAAUAUCAGAAUCCAUCUUAUACUCCAAGACCUCAUCCUUAUCCACAUCCUCAUCGGCCGCCACAUUUUCGGCAGCCAAAUGAUCACCAACGUCAAUUUCGUCCACAGCAGAAUAUUCGCCCAAAGGCUCCGGAUCAUCGAGAGUGGGAGGUUGCUUUGACGCCACCACCACCUCGUCAUAGUGAAAGGUUUAAAGUCCUUUCCUAUAAUAUAUUGGCCGACUACCUCGCUAUGGACCACUGGAGAAAACUUUAUUAUCACAUACCUUCUUACAUGUUGAACUGGCAGUGGAGAAAGAGUAAAAUUAUUUUUGAGCUUGGCUUGUGGUCUGCCGAUAUCAUGUGCUUUCAGGAGGUUGAUAGAUUUGACGAGUUGGCGGAGGACUUGAAGGUUAAGGGAUACAGAGGCAUCUGGAAGAUGCGUACCGGCAAUCCAGUUGAUGGUUGUGCAAUCUUUUGGCGAACAUCAAGGUUCAAUUUGUUGUAUGAAGAAAGCAUUGAGUUCAAUAGGUUUGGACUCAGAGACAAUGUUGCUCAAAUAUGUGUACUAGAGUUCAUAAAUCAAAACGGAUCUCUCCCACCCAGCUUGACAGGUUCUCGUAAGGUUGUUGUUUGCAACACUCAUGUGCUUUACAAUCCAAAUAGAGGGGAAAUUAAGCUUGGCCAGGUCAGAAUCCUUCUGGAUAAGGCUCGAGCUGUUUCUCAACUUUGGAAUAACUCGCCUGUUAUUAUCUGCGGGGAUUUUAAUUGUACCCCUAAGAGUCCAUUGUACAACUAUAUCGCAGAACAAAAGUUAGAUCUAUCUGGAAUAGAUAGGGAUAAACUAUCAGGGCAAGCUUCUGCUGUAAUUCGCUCCCCAUGGAAGUAUGGUCCUAAGUCUAGUGAAAAACAAUUUGAUAAUGGUUCAGUUCAGGUCACAUCUGCUGAAGGUGACAAGGAAAUUACUAUUGAACAAAAUAGUUCUUUGUCGGACAUGCAGAAUCCAAACACUGAGAGUAACAGUUUAGAGACUCAAAAUACUCGCCCUGUUUUGGAUAUGUCUGAUAAGACAAAUAUGCAGUGUAGCAGGGAGAGUGAUGCAUGUGCAGGAAAAGAUACUCAGGAGGCUGUUGACUAUAAUAAGAUUGUUGGUGAAGUUGAUGACAUGAAAGAAGUUCCAAAUCCUUCUUAUGAUAACUGUAGGCUCCCAAUUGAUCAUAUAAAUGAUGAUGAAAUUCAUGACAUCACACCUAUAACGUCUUCAGCUCUUGAGACAGUUCACACUGGCCCAACUGGGAUGGGAGACACAGAACAUAUAUCAGAUGCUAUCUCGACUUCAUAUCAAGAAUCAUUUAGUGAAAAAUCCAACUUGCAUGACCAUAAAGGGAAUAAGCAUGUGGAGCCUGAUUGUUCCCCAAACUCUCUUCAAGAAGGUGAUCAAACUUCAGAGGUGAAAAUAGAUCUUGAGUCAACAGAUCUUCUUAACCUAGAAGUAUCUUCAAAUAAACCAUCCAGCAUGACUUCAGUUUCUGAAGCUUUUGAAGCCCCUCAUUCAGGGUAUAGAGAAAGCUUGUCUUAUGUGGCCAUCACUAAUGACCAAAUGAAUUGCUCAUCAACUGCAUAUCCAGUUGACGAACCACAAAAACCUACCAAUAUUGACUUUACACUAAAUGAAAAACUAGAGAAGUUUUCCUUUGAUGAGAUAGAUAAAGCCGAUGUAAGCAGUGGGAAUACUGGUGAAGAUGCCAACGAUUUCAUAAAUGCCUUACAUAAUGCCGAAGAAGAAAGCAAUGAAGUGGAGGAUGACUUAUCUCCAAGUCUGAUUUCCAAAUCUAUUUAUGCAAAGAAAUCUACUUAUGAUCCAUCAUUAUGGACCCCUGCUGAGAUAGAAAUUGCAACAGGAAAUGCAGAGUGCAUAUUCUUGGAGCACCCUUUAUCGCUCAAGAGCACAUACACUGAAGCUGUGGACUCUUCAGGAACUAGAGACCCCAAUGGUGAACCAUUGGUAACCAGUUACAACAAGUGCUUCUUGGGCACUGUUGACUAUAUUUGGCGAUCUGAAGGUCUGCAAACAACCAGAGUUCUUGCUCCAAUACCUAAAUGUGUCAUGGAAAGCGCUCAAGGAUACCCAACAAAGAAAUGGGGUAGUGAUCAUAUUGCCUUGGUUUCGGAAUUGGCUUUCUUGGAAGAUGGUACUGCAAUCAGCAAGGAUGUUGUAUAGCAUUUUAGUAGGUGAAUAAAUUGUGGGCAUUUGCCGGUUUAAGAUCUUCAAAUGUUGUAAACAGGUCGUGGCCUAAUUUCCCCCCUUCAGGUUUUAUGUUAUAGGGGAGACACAAGGUUCUCCUGAGGCUGAGAUAGAUGUAUUUAUUUGUAAUUUGUAAAUGGUUUAUGUUCAGCUCUUGAUAAUGCGUGCUUAUAUGAUUCUUUUGAAUCAGGUUAAAAUGGAAUAGUGUGAUUCUUGUUCAU